AUGGCUAGUUUGUCAUUUCAGCAAGCUGCUGCUUAUCUCCUGAACGGCCUCGAUCAAAGUAUUGACCCAUGUGAAGACUUUUACGCUUUCACAUGCAACAAGUUCAUCGCCCAAGUGAAUCUGACAGCUCUGGGAAAGGGCCGACUUGGAACGUACGAUCAGGCACAGGUAGACGUGAAUUCACAAAUUGCUGCUACCCUCAAGAAUGUUGACGUGAACGAUGACAAGAAGUUUGGAGGUGUGCCCUUCCUCAAUCAAGCACUCAAAGAUAAUGUGGAUAUCUUCGCUGCAGUAGGUACCAUAGAACAAACCCAUGCUGUAGGAACAUUGAUGGGAUCCUGGGUGUCCGUCGAUUACAAAAAUGUUGCUCAAAACGCUCUCUAUGUUUCUCAGGUGGUCAUAUCACAGCCUUCGUAUUUUGCUUGGUUAAACGCGAUCUUCAAUGGUAACACAGUGGACCAGAACGUCAUCGUUAACUACAUUAUUACUCAACUUUUAUUUGACGACUUCACGUUCCUCGGAGGGGCCUACCGUAAUGCCGUACAAGAAUCCGGUUAUGUACCGUACGCACAACGAAGGGGACGAGGAGUAACUAGAGUUGGCCGUCGCUUUGCAAGAAAGUUCGACGAUGAAGAUCCUGCUGUCGGCUGUAUGGAUAUGAUUAUGACAUAUAUGCCUUACGGACCCGGGUAUGUGUAUGUCAAGUCAAUGGAAGCUGUCCGUGAUCAGGUUAUCAAGGAUAUUACCCAUCAAACUGAUCUAGUUAUCUCUAACUUCCAGGCGAUGAUCACCACCCUGGAUUGGAUGACUCCGGAAUCGAAAGCCGCGGCAAAGUAUAAAUCUGACCACAUCCUGAAAAACUACGGUUGGCCUACUGCACUAUUCGGUGACUUCAAGGACUCGACCACAGUCGACGCCUACCACAAUGCUGACUACUUCCCGAUCAUUGCGGCAUUUAACUUAAACAAAACAGACUUCUAUACUAUAAUGAAUAUACUUAAAGCAGGCUUAGAGAAUCGUGAAGCGUUCCGACUCCUCGUGGCACCUGAUAACAAAGGGGAUAGGUCAAACUUCCUUCAAUCACCAGCCAUGGUAAAUGCCUGGUACCAACCGGAACGAAAUUCUAUCACAUUCCCUUACGCUAUAUGGAAUCCACCUUAUUACAAUCUACAAUAUCCACAGGCUUACAAUUACGCUGGACAAGGUGGUACAGGUGGCCACGAGCUGACCCACGGUUUCGAUGAUGAAGGAGUUCAAUUUGGGUGGGAUGGAACACUCACGAAUUGUACAUGGAAUCAAUGUGGUUGGAUGGACACUACUUCCAAGAGCGGUUUCACCGACAUGGCACAGUGUGUUGUCAGCCAGUACAGCACUCAGUGUUGCCCAGAGAAAACUGGCAAUGUACACUGCGCCAAUGGAGCUACCACUCAAGGAGAAAAUAUAGCUGAUUUAGGAGGUCAGCAGGCUGCUUAUAAUGCUUAUCAACAGUACAUUAAAGAACUUGGUCAUGAGGAACUCAGAUUGCCCGGACUGGAACAAUAUUCCCCGAAUCAGAUCUUUUGGAUAACUUACGGUUAUUCGUGGUGUAUGAAACAAAGUGAUGCUAACCUAGUCAACCAGCUGUUGACGAAUCCCCAUGCGCCUGGAUCAUGCCGAACAAACCAGGUUAUGCAGGAUAUUCCGUCCUUUGGAAAGGAUUUCGGCUGCCGGCAAGGUUCUCCAAUGUAUCCCAAGCCGGAUCAACGAUGUAAGGUUUGGGUAGGGUACUAG